AUGCUGGAAAAGACGAAUAUACUGAACUGGCUCUCCCAGAUACCGAAUCCCUCUCCUGCCUUCCCUGAGCCAGGGCAGUGUAUUCUCAACGAGAGGGAGAAUCGAAAGCGCAAGAGAAGAUUAGACUCUCAUUCGCCGCAACGCAUUCCAUCACCGCCGUUCAGCCCGCCGGAAAGGUUCAUCAACGGCAUGAUGGACAAUCAAGAAUCUAGUAUUGACCCGGUCAUGCCUUACACACACAACGACCCACAGGCUUCGGUAGAUGGGGAUGAAGCUGAACAAGGACUUGAGCCUGAGUCAAACAAUGAAGCAGGUCUCCAUCAUGCAGCCCUCCGGGUUGUUGAUGCGGAAAUUGGCAGUGUUGUAUCUACUAGCCACGUCACCGAGCACACGACACCGACUUCCAAAAAGCGAAAGCGGCAAUCUGGGUCACGCGUCAACGCGAACAUUAUGGCGAUCGAGAACACUUUACAAUACCAAAGCUUCGACGGCGAGCAUGCACCACCCCCAUCGUUGAACAGGCUCCGCAAACAUAUUCAGGUUCUAGGCCGAGGUAUUGGAAUUGUAUCGCAUGCUGAGAAGCUAUCCUUAACAAACGAGGCUUUGACCAACAACCAAUUUUCUUGGGUUGAUGAAGCAACCUUCGCUCCCAAGCCUGACACCACACCGACAACACCAUCACUUCUCCCACAACGCGAUGCCUUGGGGCCAACACCAUCUAUUGACGAUGUGCGGGAGAUCUGGGCUGCUGCAUUUGAUGCGGAAUUGGUCGGUCAUGAGGAGUCUCAUUGGAACCUGACGGUCCAUGGACCGAUCCUCCUAAGCGCCCUGAAGCAUUUGAGGAAUCUUGGUGUGUCGUGCUGGUAG